UCUCUCAUUCUCUCUCAUGGCGACCCUCGAAUUGCUUUCUGGUCCGAUUACCUUCUCUGAAGCAAUACAGAGGAGAACCAACGUGGUUCACCAGCUCGAGUACCCGAGGCUCCAACGAGCCUUCUUCCAACGCCUCCAGAAUGAUCGCCAUCUUAUUCAGAACAUUGUUGCUCACCACUUGGGUGCUGACCCAAAGAAUUGCGAUGUCUUGUCUCCAGAGCAUUGGCGCCACGGGUCCUUCAACGUCUGCGUGCCAGUUCGCGUUGACAGUCCCGAUCCAGGGCUUCCUAUUUCCGUCAUGGUCCGAUUUCCUCUACCUUACCGUGUCGGAGAGGGAACGCAUCCCGGAAACGCAGAUGAGAAGCUCAGGUGCGAAGCUGCUACCUAUGCUUGGCUUCAAGAACACUGUCCUUCAGUUCCUAUACCACAUUUAUACGGUUUAGGACUAGCCACAGGUCAACAGCUAACCCACGUAGACCACCUACCGUGGUGGUCACGCUGGUCCCAUGGAUUUCAGCGACGCUUUCGGACCCUGCUUGGCUAUCAGCGUCCCACUCGGUACAUCCCGCACAACUCAAGCGUUUUAAGCACACUCGGAUUAGGCUACUUGGUGAUUGAGACUAUCCCUGACACAGAGGGAAGCAUGCUUUCGAACUCGUGGGAAGACAAGCGUGGGGACGACCGCCUGCAAAGCAACCUCAAACGAGGGCUUGCCCGAAUACUCCUCUCACUCGCAGCCAUUCCACUUCCCCGCAUUGGUGCGUUCCGGCUCGAUGAUGCUGGCUAUGUCCACCUUGACAACCGCCCGCUCAACGCAGAGAUCAUUAUGCAAGAGAACGAGGGCUUUCCCAUCAUUAUUCCACGUGAUCAGACUUAUACUCGUGCGGACGACUUCAUCCUUGCAACCCUAGACGCCUUUCAUAAUAGACUGCUGCAUCAGCCCAAUGCCAUGUCAGAUGAGUUCAGCGGACAAUUUGAACUGGCGGCUAUUCUGGCAGCGCGAGGCGUCUUGCCACCGAUGCUACAGAAAGACCUCCGCUCUGGCCCCUUCGUCUGCAGUCUGACAAAUCUCCAUAGGAGCAACAUUAUAGUCGACGACGAUUGGAACAUUACGCGUAUCAUCGAUCUUGAGUUCGCAUGUUCGUGGCCCAUAGAAUUCCAGCACCCUCCUUACUGGCUUGGAGGACAGCGCGCGGAUGUGCUCGAUGAUAUUUCCUUUGACCCUCAUCACAAUCAAUUCGUCCGGAUUCUAGAGGAGCUGGAGGAGCAGGGGGAGUUUCCUGCUAUCAGGUCUCCUAGAAAGCUGUCAGCUAUAAUGCGAUAUACAUGGGCGUCUGGGACAUUCUGGCUAACUCUCGGAUUGCAAAAUCCAAUGAUGUUUGCCACGACCUUUUGGUUUGGCAUUUUGGCUGUGCACCUCGGCCUCAGAAUAGAGUACACGAAUGAUUUCACGAUGCUGGCGAAUCUUUCCGGAGCAUCUGACUUCAUGGAUGCAAGAUUGCAAGAGAACGAUGAAUACUCGAGAACUCUUCAUCGCAUAUUCACGAGAAACACGGUCUAAACGCUUCGAAUCCAUGAAGGUAAACGUAUUCCUAAGAAGCAAGCCUUUUCCUACAACCAAGUUGAUGAGUUUAUGAUAAUUUUCACGUUCUC